AUGUCUUCAUCGCUGACUAUCAUAUGGAUUGCAAUACUCGCCGCCUAUUGUAUCCCAUUGUGGGAUAAAGUCUACUGGAGUUACGGCCGACCCUUCAGUCCCGCUUUUGCCACAGUUUUCUAUACAUUAUGUCGAGUGAUUUGGACGGUCUGUACGUCACUAAUGAUAUGGUUGUGUAUAUCGGGAAAGGGAGGGCUAAUCAACACAUUUCUAUCGCACCGGGCAUUCGUACCGAUGGCUCGGUUGACAUAUAGUGUGUAUUUAUGUCACGCGUGGCUCAUAUGGUAUUUCAUGGGUUCGCGCCGUCAUGUGAUGGACACUCAUAUGUAUAACGUAUUGAUUAAUUUCAUACACAUUACUGUUAUGUCAUAUAUAAUGGGAUUCCUAUUCUUCGUUGUGUUUGAGUCUCCGAUUCUUGAGUUACAAAAGUAUGGAAUCGAGUCUUUCGGACGAAAACAUGAGAACAGAGAUAAGACUUCAGUUGAACUCAAACUUAAUCUUAAAUCCAAUUAUCACAACAAUAAUGUUUAA